GCCGGCGCGGCCCGCGCUAGUCUUCGAGCGCUGAGAAGGGGUGCAGUGGGGUGGACUGGGGCGGGGCCCCCUCGUGCGGCUGGCGGGCGGGCCUCCGGAGGCCGGGGCGGUUGGGACGGCAGGCGCAAAAGAUGGGGCCUCCGAGAAGCUAGCCAGCUCCUUUAGCGCCGGGCGUGGAGCCGUGGUUUUCUGGAGAGGCCCGUGUGAUGGUGCCAAGAGGAAGGAAGCGCCUUGACAGCGCCUCAGUCGGAACCCGAGUUCCGAGGGCAAGGACGAUCGGGGACGGCGGCCCUGGCGAGCUGGCCGCCGGCAGGGCGAGCAGUCACAAUAGGAGGCGGCGGCCCGGCCCGGAGCGGUGGGAGCAGCCCCGCAGGGCGGAGCCUCCCCUCGCAGGUACUGGCGGCGACGGCCGUUGGCUCCCGCGCGAGGGCGGUACUGGCCGCGGGAGGUUGGGAGCCGGCGGGCAGCGCACGGCGGACGUUUCCCGGCAGCCUGGCGCUCUUUGUUCCCGCGGCAGCGGGGAGCCGGCCCGCCCCUGCCUGGACGAGACGCAGGUGAAAUGAUGAUGUCACUUGGGAGAACUCAGAACCCGGUUGGAGGGGUCCCCUCUCGCGGCCUCCUACCUCCGCGGGUUUCUGGACAGGCUCCGUUUUGUUCUCAGUGGAUGGAAGUUCUUCCUUUCAGGGCUGAAGAAUGAGAGAGAGUGAAGAUAGUCCAAGUCCUAAGAGACAGCGCCUCUCUCAUUCAGUCUUUGAUUAUACAUCAGCAUCACCAGCUCCCUCACCACCAAUGCGACCAUGGGAGAUGACAUCAAAUAGGCAGCCCCCUUCAGUUCGACCAAAUCAGCAUCACUUCUCAGGGGAACGAUGUAACACACCUGCACGCAACAGGAGAAGUCCUCCUGUUAGGCGUCAGCGAGGAAGAAGGGAACGUCUGUCUCGACAUAAUUCCAUUAGUCAAGAUGAAAACUAUCACCAUCUCCCUUAUGCACAACAGCAAGCAAUAGAGGAACCUCGAGCCUUCCACCCUCCGAAUGUAUCUCCCCGUCUGUUACAUCCAGCUGCUCAUCCACCCCAGCAGAAUGCAGUCAUGGUUGACAUACAUGACCAGCUCCAUCAAGGAACAGUUCCUGUCUCCUACACUGUAACCACAGUGGCGCCCCAUGGGAUUCCUCUCUGCACAGGCCAGCACAUCCCUGCUUGCAGUACACAACAGGUCCCAGGAUGCUCUGUUGUUUUCAGUGGACAGCACCUCCCUGUCUGUAGUGUGCCUCCUCCAAUGCUUCAGGCAUGUUCAGUUCAGCACUUGCCAGUACCAUAUGCUGCGUUCCCACCCCUCAUUUCUAGUGAUCCGUUUCUUCUACAUCCUCCUCAUCUUUCUCCCCAUCAUCCUCCUCACUUGCCACCACCAGGCCAGUUUGUCCCUUUCCAAACACAGCAGUCACGAUCGCCUCUGCAGAGGAUAGAAAAUGAAGUGGAGCUCUUAGGAGAACAUCUUCAAGUAGGCAGUUUCACUUAUCCCCCUUCGGCCCACCCCCCAACAUUACCUCCGUCAGCUCCUUUGCAGUUCCUGACACAUGACCCUUUGCAUCAGGAGGUGUCCUUUGGAGUACCUUAUCCACCAUUUAUGCCUCGGAGACUCACAGGACGUAGCAGAUACCGAUCCCAGCAGCCAGUGCCCCCUCCUACCUACCAUCCCAGCUUACUGCCAUAUGUGUUAUCAAUGCUUCCAGUGCCACCUACAGUCGGCCCAACCUUCAGCUUUGAAUUGGAUGUGGAAGAUGGAGAAGUUGAAAAUUACGAAGCCCUGUUAAACCUGGCAGAGAGACUGGGAGAGGCGAAACCUCGGGGACUGACUAAAGCGGAUAUUGAACAGCUCCCUUCUUACAGGUUCAACCCUAGCAACCACCAGUCAGAGCAGACUUUGUGUGUAGUAUGCAUGUGUGAUUUUGAGUCAAGGCAGCUUCUUAGAGUCUUACCCUGUAACCACGAGUUCCAUGCCAAGUGUGUUGAUAAAUGGCUUAAGGGAAAUCGUACUUGCCCAAUUUGCCGAGCUGAUGCUUCUGAAGUGCACCGGGAUUCAGAGUGACCAGCCUAAGAGCACAGAUUUAGUUUGGGUGUUCCUCAUCACAUGUAUAUAUGGACUAUCCACUGAACUUAACCUGUGUGGCUUCCAGCCCUCCCUUUACCAAAAGGGUCAAUGGACCUUUCUUUGCACUGUGUGACUUAAUCAACUAUAAAAGCUUACAAUUAGUCUUCACAAUUAUGGGAUUGUUAUACUAACUGUGUGAUUGGAACUCCAAAGACCUUUUCUUUAGCUUAAUUUUGUGUGUGCACUAACAUUCCCUGGUUUUUGUGUGAUCAUUCCGAGUGUUGCUGCAAGAUUACAGUGGACGUGAUCUUUUAGCAUGUGCUUUUAUAAAAAGUGGUAGCUCCAGAUGACAUAGCAAUCUACCUUAUAUAGAGCCUUCAGAAACUGUGAGUGGAACUGAGUGCAGCGGACGACUGCUGGUGAUCAGUGAAUCUGUGAGCGAGUGUGUGCAACUACAUGUGUGGGGGCAUGGUAGCUACUGUGUGUGUGUGAGAUCCUAUAUACCAGCAUGUACCAAGAAUGUGUGUGUAGUUUUAAUUAUGCUGCAAUGUAUAAUCUGGUGUGUUAUUUAAACAGCACUAGUACUGUACACUGGUUUUCCCUUGUGUUUGCUGUUGCACACUGAUUGCUAAGGGUGCAUCGAUUCUAAGCAUUGAAUACUCCAUCCCCUCCCUCCCUCCCAAUGAAUGGAAUGAGAAAAGCCUUCCUUUGCUUCAGGCAGCUGUUCCCUUCUCUUCCUUGGUGAUCCUAAAUGGGUCACUUAAAAAAGUGUCAGAUUCUCGCUCCAUGACCUGAUUUUUUUUUUCAGUUCUUUUGUAAAAGAGACUUAAAUCUCCAACUUGCUAUUUCCAAAAAGAAGGUGCAAUAUCAUAUUCAUCAUCAUUAGCAAUAUUAGCAUUUCAAUCAGUGAUCUGAUGUUACUUGGUUUUCCUUUACAUUUCUAGUAGCUUCUUACAGAAAGGACCUGUGUUUUUAUUAAUGUGUAGAUUUCUGGUCUGUUCUGAAGAUGUUUGAGUAAUAUAUUUUAUAAACACCACUGGUCCUGUAAGUCUCUCCUCCUUGACUUCCACUGGAGCAAAAUCUGUUUUAACAACUCAGCCUGGCUUCUAGUUUGUGUUCUUCACUCAGGCCCCCAUGGGCAGCGGUGGUUUUAAGGGAACUGUUUGUUUCUGUUAGUGUUGAUUGAGUUCACACACUCCAGGCCUGAGGUGUCUACUUUUUCCCUCAGUAACAUUCUCACUGAAACCUUUGUUUCAGGACGGAUCAGUGCUGUGACAGCUCAUUUCGUAGGCCUGGUUUGCUUUGACGUCUUACUCUUUUUCUUUUAAUUUAUGUUAGAAUGAGAAAAGCUUAAUACAACAGGUGCCCAGAAUACUUGCAGUGUAAAUGAAGAUUGGAUUUUUGUUUAAAAAAAUAAUGCUGUCAAACAGGAACUGACCUUUAUUUAAUCUGAAAUGAUACAUAGCUGUGUGUAUAUAUUUUUAAAAAUAGGUUCAUUGAACAUAAAUCAGAUUGUUUGAGGUCAUCUUUCAGCAACAUUGGGUUCCUUUCUCCUCAGUGUGCUCAGCCUUCUCUGCCUCUGUGAGUUGUCAGCAUCUGUGCGGCCACACAGACUGCAGCCUUCCACUCGCAGCCGUGCGUGACACCUUGCUGCCGACCUCACUCAGCUCUCAUGCAGGGACUGUGUUCAACCACUUGUUACUGCCGUGGUUCUUACCUCCCUUGAAGUUUCUCUAAGCUCGUCACAGCCUAGAGUUCAGGAAAGUUAAUCCACACAGAAGCACAAUUUUGUCCUCUUCCAGACACUGUUGCCUCUAUCUAGUUAGACAAAUAGGAUUUAAUCAACAUUCUGUUGCCCCUAGAUUUGUGUUAGUGUGUCAGAAAUACUUAAACAGUGGUAAAAUGCACAUGUUACUUUUAAAUCAUUAGGAUAACCCCUGUCUGGUUCCUAAUGAAUAAAAGGUGUGUUAAAUACCAAAAUUAUUGACAUAUAUACUAAUCAGCUCCAAAUCACAUACAGUUUAAUCUUUAUUUUUUAAUUUAAAGAAAUCAUGUUUAAGAUGGUAAAAGCCCAUCUUAUAUAUAGACUUUUAUAUAUCUUCAAAAACUUUGUACCUGUACAGCUCUAACAACACUGCUCCUCUCAGUAUUCAUCCUGUCGAUGCACAGGCAAAGCACUUUCCUAACUACUGCAGACAGACUGACUACCAAGGCACACUGUGCUCACGACUGGAAAGUGGCCUUUCAAUGUUUGCCAUAAAGUCCCAGUAAAUUUUUCUUGUUUUGUAAGAGGUAGUUGGCAAUUUAGGGGGCAUCUGGGUCUGUCCUGGUAAAACCCUACCAUGCAGAUGACUGCCUGUCUCCUGGGAAUGUCUCGGCACAGAGCUUUUGUGACGUGCAGACCUCUUCAUGGACGGGUGAGGCUGUCUUAGGUUCACACUUGGAUGUGGUUCCCAGCUGGCCUCGGCGAGCAUCUCUAGCUAGCAGAUGAGGAAGUGCAGCUGUCCUGGGGAGAUGCACCAGGCCACAGAGGAUGCGGCAGCCUCAUCCUCUGUGCUCUAGAACUCUGUGCUCUAGAACUCUGUGCUCUAGAACAUUGUUGGCUUAGCCCAGCUGUGCAGUUUUUGUAUGAUUUGAAUUUGAGUUUUGGUGUUUUGGUUUUUGGUUUUUUUUGGUUUUUUUUAGUUUGGUUUUUAUUUUGGUUUGGGGGUUUUGUUUUUGUCGUUGUUGGUUUUUUGGCUUUGUGUGUGUGUGUGGGGGUGGGUGGGUUUUUGUUUUGUUUUGUUUUUGUUUUCAUGAAUCACGAUAUUUUGUACUUUUAAAAGCUCCAACCUCCACAAAACAACUCAAGGCCUCCAAAUAUCAGGAUGUCCUGAAAAAAUUUUUUUAGCAGAAUCUGAAAUUUGAUUUUAUACGCUCCCUGAAAUGUAAUUUGCUAACAUUAUUAAAUUUGGGCCUCUUGUGAUAAUCACAUACAAUCUGCCUGCCUGCCUGCCUGCUUCUGAGUGUUUUCCCAGCAUCUCCAGGCCUCCUUAAGUCUGUCCCCCACCGUGCAUCUGCUUACCUCAUGCUGCUCUUUGUUUCAGAUUAUGAAAGCUCACAGGGGUGUUUGUUGGAAUCAUUUGCUGAGUCAUUUCCUCAAAUCAUAUUCCAUUGUGUCAGUUAACAUAGUUUUAAAUGUAUGUAUUAUAAAUAUCUGUAACCAAAAUCAUUUGAAGGCUUGAUAAAUUUUUAACAAAGUUUGUACAUUUUUUAUGAAAGUUACUAGUAAUGCUUUACUAAGUAGUGCAAUGAAUUUUUAUUUUUAAUCCCUGUGCCCAAUUUUGGAGUUGAGAGGGUUGUUGGUAAUAAAUGUAUGAUGUACACUUAAAA